GGGGGGUGGGGGGGCAAAGAUGGCGGGCUCCAGCGACAUGGGACGUGAAGGGAAAGACAAAUCUCAGGAUAGAGGCGCUUCUAACGCAGAACUCUUACUACACCCCGAGCUCCUGUCUCAGGAGUUCAUCCAGUUGGUUCUGAAUGAGGUAAGAGACGAAUCAGGGCUGAAUUUGAACAUUGAUUUAGCGCUAGUCAGCUAGGUAGCCAGCUAGCUUGUAUUGUAGCCAAAAAGGUCUGCUGAUUUAUAAUAUAAUAAUAUAAUAUGCCAUUUAGCAGACGCUUUUAUCCAAAGUGACUUACAGUCAUGUGUGCAUACAUUUUUACGUAUGGGUGGUCCUGGGGAUCGAACCCACUACCCUGGCGUUACAAGUGCCAUGCUCUACUAAUUGAGCUACAGAGGACCACCCAUUUAGCUAGUUAGCUAUUUGCACCAGCGUCAGAACACUAAAGAGGCCAUGCAAAAGCAGCAUGUUGGAAAUAUCGACAGGAAAAUAUUAUUAAACCAACUUUCAAAAUGCGUGGCUCAUGGUUUGUUUGUUUAGAGUCGGAUGUGUUUAGUUUAUUACCUGACGCAUGCGUAUACAAUGACCUCGUGCAAGUUUUUAGAUGGUUUGUGCGCAUGCGUCAGGUGUACCCGGGGUGUAUUCAUUAGUACACACCGUAGCAAAAUGUUUCUUAUUGAACAGCUAGCUAGGUCUUCCCUGUUUUGGCUCCAGUUUAUGAUUAGUGUCAGCUGUUGGUUUUGAUGAGGCUCUAACUAACACGUGACAUGUUCUGGCCCCUGUCCUGGACAGAAAAAGAUAACCACCGGAGACUAUGGGAGCCGCGUCCAGCUCACGGAUCUCUACCUCCGGCACGUCAUCCCCCUCCCGCAGAGAGCGCUGCCAAACAACCGCUGGGGAAAGAGGAUGGAGCAGACCCGAGCGCGACAGAGCACAGACAGUGGACAGUCUCAUAGGUGGGGAGAGGAUAAGUUUCUCUAAAACCUGAAAUCACCAAGGUGUCUGGACCUUUCUAUAACAUGCCAUUUACAUAAAAAAAAUAGAGAUUUGGUUGUAACAAAGAGAACUUCUCCAUUAACUCUGUUACAUUGACAAUAAAAAAAUGUCACUGACUUUACAAAAAGAUAAACUGAGUUUGAAAAAGGAGAUUUGAAAACCGUACAUAUUGAGAUGAGCGUGAUGCAAGACUUUGCUUUCAGAGUAUUUGUGCAUGGGUACGCUCAUGCUGCUCCAACGUGGGAGCUGUUGGACCAAAACAGUGGAAAAGUUGAGCCUGUUAGUUGUUGAGGAAAUCAGCCCGAUAUGAAAGAAUAUCUCUCUGCAGUUUGAUGGCCACAGACAUUUUGCUGUUGAUGCUCUUACCACAGUCAAAUCCAACGACUCCACAAUGAUACACAGCAUUUCCAUAGUAACAGACUUACGCUGAGACUCAGAUUUUUCACUUUAAAAUGUAUACCAAACAAAAAUCAUUCAUUUCAGAUUUUUACAAAUUUGCACUACUUUUAACAAUUUCCACAGAGAAUUGUACAAAAACCCAUUUACAGGAAGAGUGGUGCAGAUACAAAGUUUAGUAACAGAUUAAAUCUGAGGCCAAGUUUUGCAUCUGAAGUUUUUUCCAGAAAAUGUAUUUAUAUUUUACUGUGUCAAUUGUUUAAAGUAGUGUUUGGCAUGCAUUUAGAAGUGAGAAAUCUGUGUAAUUGCCUCAGUCAGUAUGUCCUGUUUUGUCUUGCAGCUCCGGUAACGACCACAACAGGAAGAGGCCUCUGAUCGGGUUCGAUGGCAGCUCCUCUAAAGUUGGCCCCGUCAGACUGAAGAAGCCAGAGGGUCAGACCUCAGGGUCUGGGGUGACAGACAGAUUCAAGCCCCCUCCCUCCAUGAACCUCUUCAAGCCCAUACGCAAGCUGUCCAGCACCACCCCUACCCCCUCCUCGUCCUCCCACAGCACAGGAGGCCCCCACAGGAGUCCCACAGGGAACAAGGGUCCGGGGAGCCCCCCCACCUCGGUUAAUCUCAAACGGGAGGCAGACAGCUCGGUAUGCAACCUCAGUAUCUACUGGUUUAUGUGAAAUAUUUUUCUAAAGAUAAUGUUUUUCUGGUCACCAACUGUGGUCCUGGAGAGCUACAGGCUGCAGGAUUUUGGAUUCAGCUAAUAGUAUAUUUAAGCAAUAAGGCACGAGGGGGUGUGGUAUCUGGCCAAUAUACCACGGCUAAAGGCUGUUCUUAUGCACGACGCAAUGCAGUGCCUUAUUGCUAUUAUAAACUGGUUACCAAUGUAAUUAGAACAGUAAAAAGUAAUUUUGGGUUAUACCCGUGGUAUACGAUCUGCUAUACCACGGCUUUCAUCCAAUCAGCAUUCAGUGCUCGAACCACCCGGUUGAUAAAUAAUAAUACACUGCUCAAAAAAAUAAAGGGAACACUAAAAUAACACAUCCUAAAUCUGAAUGAAUGAAAUAAUCUUAUUAAAUACUUUUUUCUUUACAUAGUUGAAUGUGCUGACAACAAAAUCACACAAAUUAUCAAUGGAAAUCAAAUGUAUCAACCCAUGGAGGUCUGGAUUUGGAGUCACCCUCAAAAUUUAAGUGGAAAACCACACUACAGGCUGAUCCAACUUUGAUGUAAUGUCCUUAAAACAAGUCAAAAUGAGGCUCAGUAGUGUGUGUGGCCUCCACGUGCCUGUAUGACCUCCCUACAACGCCUGGGCAUGCUCCUGAUGAGGUGGCGGAUGGUCUCCUGAGGGAUCUCCUCCCAGACUGGACUAAAGCAUCCGCCAACUCCUGGACAGUCUGUGGUGCAACGUGGCGUUGGUGGAUGGAGCGAGACAUGAUGUCCCAGAUGUGCUGAAUUGGAUUCAGGUCUGGGGAACGGGCGGGCCAGUCCAUAGCAUCAAUGCCUUCCUCUUGCAGGAACUGCUGACACACUCCAGCCACAUGAGGUCUAGCAUUGUCUUGCAUUAGGAGGAACCCAGGGCCAACCGCACCAGCAUAUGGUCUCACAAGGGGUCUGAGGAUCUCAUCUCGGUACCUAAUGGCAGUCAGGCUACCUCUGGCGAGCACAUGGAGGGCUGUGCGGCCCCCCAAAGAAAUGCCACCCCACACCAUGACUGACCCACUGCCAAACCGGUCAUGCUGGAGGAUGUUGCAGGCAGCAGAACGUUCUCCAUGGCGUCUCCAGACUCUGUCACGUGCUCAGUGUGAACCUGCUUUCAUCUGUGAAGAGCACAGGGCGCCAGUGGCGUAUUUGCCAAUCUUGGUGUUCUCUGGCAAAUGCCAAACGUCCUGCACGGUGUUGGGCUGUAAGCACAACCCCCACCUGUGGACGUCGGGCCCUCAUACCACCCUCAUGGAGUCUGUUUCUGACUGUUUGAGCAGACACAUGCACAUUUGUGGCCUGCUGGAGGUCAUUUUGCAGGGCUCUGGCAGUGCUCCUCCUUGCACAAAGGCGGAGGUAGCAGUCCUGCUGCUGGGUUGUUGCCCUCCUACGGCCUCCUCCACGUCUCCUGAUGUACUGGCCUGUCUCCUGGUAGCGCCUUCAUGCUCUGGACACUACGUUGACAGACACAGCAAACCUUCUUGCUACAGCUCGCAUUGAUGUGCCAUGCUGGAUGAGCUGCACUGCCUGAGCCACUUGUGUGGGUUGUAGACUCUGUCUCAUGCUACCACUAGAGUGAAAGCACCGCCAGCAUUCAAAAGUGACCAAAACAUCAGCCAGGAAGCAUAGGAACUGAGAAGUGGUCUGUGGUCACCACCUGCAAAACCAGUCCUUUAUUGGGGGUGUCUUGCUAAUUGCCUAGAAUUUCCACCUGUUGUCUAUUCCAUUUGCACAACAGCAUGUGAAAUCAGUGUUGCUUCCUAAGCAAUCAGUGUUGCUUCCUAAGUGGACAGUUUGAUUUCACAGAAGUGUGAUUGACUUGGAAUUACAUUGUGUUGUUUAAGUGUUCCCUUAAUUUUUUUGAGCAGUGUAUAUUAUAAUCAGGGCCCUGAUGAUUUAGUUGAAUCCGUUUUUUUACAGUUGCACUGGACCGAAAGCUUUCACAUUCGGUAGCUUUCCAGGACCAGGGUUGGUGACUGCUGUCAUGGGCUAUUUUACUGACUUUUUGGGAAUGUUGAGGUUAUUGUGAAGCAGAUCUUUGAAUGUCAUCUGAACUGAGAAUGUUGUCUGAAUCUGAUCUGUGAAUGUCGUCGGUGAUCGUCUCUCUGUCUCUGCAGGAUGAACUCAAAGACAAGAAAAAGAUCAAAAAAGUGACAUGGCCCUGACCCUUGACCCUACCGAGAGACCCAUCACUCCACUAUAGAGCAGUGAUGAGCCCCCUCACACUGCAGGGAAUUCUCUGCCAGUCGGGACAACCACAGAACUACUCUAAUUUUUGGGGUGGCGACUUCAGUCCUCAUUUACCUACCUGGACCCCGGAACUACUCUCUGACUCUUUACCUGACCCUCAAGUGUCCUUACAGUGAGUACUCUGCUCCUGUCCCACAGCACCCUCCCAUGGAGCCAGACCACAGCACCCUCCCAUGGAGCCAGACCACAGCACCCUCCCAUGGAACUAGAGUUAACUGGGACUAUACUGACUUACUGCAGGCAUGGCACCACAAUAUUUCUAUGUCCAUAAGUAUUUUGUGGAAUAAGCAGUUUAACCCUCAAUACUGUUCUAUGCAUUAUAAUUCUGUGAUGUCACCUACCUGAAAUCCUCUUAGAGUAGUUUCAGAGUUCAGUCUUCCAGUGCUGGUUAGAGAGCUUGAGUUAAGGAGGCUGAUUGUGCUUAACUUGAUAGGAAACCUUUGGGUCUGCAAUGCUAAGUGCUUAUGCAUCUUCAUAUGUCUGUGUGGCCGUACCAUAUCCACAUGUAUUGCAAACAGUGGGUCAUGACAGGUUAGGGAUUGUAAGUGUUUUGAUAGUGAUUAGGUAGGGUCCUCAGUAGGGGGAAACAUCGCCACUGGCCGCCCCACCACCGUUAUUGUUUUUGUUGCCGAGCUGAGGAGCGUCGUCAUAGUAAAACUAAUUGUAGUACAUAUUGUGCUCUUCUAUCGUGCGUGCAAUGAUGUCAGAGUGGGUAACUUAUUUGUUCCUGUUUCACCAUUUUUAAUGAUUCCAGCUUUAUUGUAUUAGUACUGUGACACUUGAAUUUGUAAUGGGAUGUUUAGCUAGUGUGUAUUGCCUUGUAUGAAGCCUUGAGUGGGGGUGCAUUUGAAUGAAAUGGAGGUGAACAACUAGAUGGUGCCAGAGAAUCAGUCCUUCAUGAUUUGCAAGUGCCUGAGAAAGACGUUGCUCCUGGUCUAGGAUCAUAUUAGCCAACCUUGAAUCCUACCCUUAACCAUUAGGGCAUCAAAGCAUACCUGACCCAGGACCAGCAGUUAGGGGCAACUUGUACCAACUCGAUGGCAUUGUUCAGUGUUUCUCAAAUAUGCAUUUAGCCGCCACUGCAAUUUUAUAAUGUAGAUGUAUAGAGGAAGUCCCCAUCCACUGCACCUUAUUGGACCCCAUCCUCUGCUAACUCUGCCACCGCAGCUGAAAAAACUCCUAGAGGAAACAGUGUUGUUAACUUCAUGUCACUUCCUUAGUCAUACAAGGUGUUCAGCAGUUGGUGUAUUUUUAUAGUUCUUUAUUUGGACUUCAGACACUGACUUUCCAUCGGAGCCUUUGGAAAAUGACUGAGGGCUCUCACUUCAAUAGUCACUAAUGGGUCAGUGUUACCAAGCAUUUGCACCAGUGUCAGUCAAAUGUAUACUUGUUGGGGGUGAUAAUAAACAGAGCUUAAAAACCAAACGGUCAUUAUUUACAAUUUGGUUAAUAACAUUUAUUUUUCUUGUAGCUUUUGUUUUAUUCCCAUCUGAAUAACAUUACAAACUUUGCAGCAGGGUAAAUCCCAGUAAACCUGUUUCUUUGUGAGUUAGUUCACAUUUCACAACUUUGGGACUUAUGCUCCUUAAUAAAUAAAUAGCCUUUAAAAUCUUAGGUAUAGUUCACCCAAAUUACAGAAUUACAUAUUUGUUUCCAUAAACUGCGAUAAUUGUGUAAUUCUGGUGAACUAUUCCUUUAAAUACAUAAACUCUGAAUAUAUGAAUCU